AUGGGGGUCCCAAUGCUGCGCCCGACCCCUGGCAGCCCUGGCUCACCAAGCAGCCCAAGCAUCCUCGCACUGAACCCAGCCUGGCUUGACAUCUUCCGCUUCUGCAGCAUCCGAGACCUGGGUGCUGGGUUGGCAGUCGACCGGCAUUGGAGAGCUGCGGUCGACUCCCACCAUGUCUGGGCUGACGCCUACGAUCGGACGCAGAGAGUUGAUGACUCCAGUGCCCCGAGAGGUGAAAACCUGCUCCGGUCACUCAUUGAGCGACCCUUCGGAGAGGAUGCUGUCGGCUGGCAUGUAGCUGUCCUGGCGGAAGACCACGGCUACAGUACUGAGCGCUACUACACAGGUCGCGUGGCUGCCUAUAGUGCCGACACGGACACGUAUCUCAUAGCCUACGAUUCAGAGGGUGGUCAAGCGGACCAGCCCAACAUGCACUGGGAGCAGGAGCGGCGGAAGCGGACGGCAGCCAUGCGCAACGUGCUCAGUCAUGCAAGAUGCGACCACACAGUUACAACGGGUGCCAUGUCCUCUAAAACAUUGUUUGUGGCGAGCUCGCGCCUCCUGCUGAGCACACUGGGAAGCGCCAUCUUGACCGUGCUUCUCCUGAAUGGUGUGGUGAGCGAGAUCAACAUUACCAGUAUCUCCUUUUCCAUCAACACUGGCAACCCUUUCUUCGCUCCUCAAGUGGAGCAGAACCAACAGAACCAAGAGAACCAGCUCAACAUGCAGAGCUCUCCGCCGAUUCCCGAGCCUGGUUUUACCAACAUGCGGCCACGCAUUGUUGCUGCAAACCUGGUGGCCGAGGCUCACGACACCUUCAACGACGACAGCUCCACUGGCUCCGAUGCAUGCAGUGGAGGAUCCUGGCCCGAAAGAUGCGGCAACUGCAAGCGAGACUUGGUGGAAAUGACGGAGCCGAUGGCUGGCCACACAGCUGUCCUCAAUUCGGUUACCACCUCAGACCUUGCGCCCAAGUUUUCACUGGCGGAGAGUGACCAGCCUUGCGAGGGCACGCAGGUGGCAUCGAUGGAACUGUGCCAGGAGGCUGCCAAGUUCUUCGGCAAGCGAUUUGUCGGGGCAUUGGAGGCACUGCAGGAGCCCACAGGAUGCAUCCACCGAGUCACUGACAAUGACUACUUGUUUAACGUUGUGGCGACACAAGUCCACAAGGACGACAGACAGCGAGUCUGCAAUGGAGGAUCUCUGGGCUUUACGGGUUUUACCGAAGACGUGCCCAGCGCAUCAAGCCACAUGCAAGAUGAGGCAGAUGAGGCUGUCUCUACAAGCAACGGCAUCAACGAAGACCCGGUGCCCGUAGACGAAGACAUUCAAACCAGCGCCACAGACUGCCCUGCCAGCACAUUCCCCUUGCGGGAUCCGCAGCACUGCAAGAAGGCAGCCAGAAUUCUCAAGCGAAAGUAUUCUGGCCUCAUCGCAUCGCUGUCAGAACCUUAUGGCUGCAUCCACAGGGCAGCAGACCAGGACAUCAUGUUCAAUCGAUUCAGGACCAACAUUUCGAAAGCUGGCCGUGAGAUUGUUUGCAGCUCGAAGAAGGAGGCAGACACCAAGAAGCGCGAGCCCAUUUCGCAGGCAAGCGCCCUGCAGCUAAAGCUCUAUUGCUUUGGGUGGACUGCCCGCCGUCCUCGCGAAGAGCUCCUGCUACCGCUUGCUCGACAUCUCUUUAAAGCUUGCGACGGCUAUGCUUUCUUCACCGACACAAAUGCCCCAGGUGAGGACGCACCUGACAUUGUAAAGGUUGCUCUUCCACGGACCCAGCAGCUCCGCUCCGAGGAGUUCUGGUUGCUGCUGAAGAACAUGGUGGGGCUUCUUCCAGCUUGGGAAUACUUGCUCGAGCAAAACACUCUUGAAGGUUUUGAUUGGAUUGUGAAUCUUGAGUUGGAUCACUUCAUGGUGGCGUCACAGCUUCGACGCACCAUCGCGGAGUAUGUUAACAUAAUGAUACUGGGAAGCCUGCCAGGGCAAGAUCCAUGGGAUGACUCGAUCAUGCUUAUCUUCGGAAACGCUUUUGCAUUCAACGCAAAGCUGGUGGAGCAAAUGAAAGCUGAAUGGGCGACAAUCGGGCGUGUCAUCACUGACAGCAAAUCCAAGGGCAUGGGUUGCCCCGUGAUCUCUGGAUCCCGUGCACACAAUGAGGGCCACUGUGAGCAGGACAUGGUCUACGAGAAUCUGCGAGAUUACUUAAGCCGACCACCCACGAUCCUCGGCGCAAAUGGAUGCGGCAACGACGCAGUCUCUGACGUGCUGAUUCCAUUCCCGUUGGGUUGUUGGCAAGACUUUCCAUUUGGUGAAGAGGAACCACAAAGGAUGAAGGCGAUUCGUGAAAUCAGUCUGCUUUGGAACUUUACCGAUUUGAAGUCCGCCGAAGCACAUUGUAAGUCAAGAGAAGAAGACGUCGCGAAUAAUUGCAAGUCUUUGUUUCGAGCCAAGAGAGUGCCAAUCCUCCACAAUAUCAAAACACCAGCCCUGCACGAGCUGGCCAGGGAGCUGCUCCUUCCCCUUGCCUUGAGAAGGGCUGUCAGCUCCUCGACAGCCAAUGGAGAGCCCUCCUACAAGGCGGCGCGCACAAGAGAAGAGAGAACACGGGAACCGUUGCGAGGUUCCUGGAAGGAAGAGCUGAAGCACAAUGUACUUCAGGCACCCAGCCACAUGCUGACCCAGCUCAACGAGCACAGAGAUGAGGUCCUCUUUGUUGUGUUCUCGCCCUGCGGAACUCGCUUGGCAAGCUGUUCUCGGGACUUGCAGACGAUCGUCUUCAAAGUUCAGACGGACUGUGGCAGUUCUAGUGACCAGGACGACAUCGUCCUCGAUCCUUCAGCUAGUAGUGAGCCGAGAUUCCCACGUUUUGAGCGCGAGGCUGUUUUCGCCCAUCAGACGGCUCCGUGUCGAGCUAUGUGGUGGCCAAUCCCGCCGUAUGACAUGGUGGCAGUCAGCACCGAGGACGCAGGCGGGGGUUGGCAAGCGUCGAAGGUUGAGAUCUGGCAGAUUCAGGGGGAGAAUGGCUCCGUGGAGCACUCGGAGUCGGAGGCUUUCAACAGCUCCUUCGAAGAGCAGCUGCCAGUAGGCUACCGUGCGAGGUGCAUCUUCCAGUGCCACAACAGGCCUUUCGACAUUUACGCUGCCAUAUUUCCGUGGCCCCCUCUUUGUGUGGAGCCUAGCAUCGAGAGUCCCAAGGAUGAAUACGAGCGGUUGUGCUUCCUUGCGGGAUGGGCUGUCCUGCGGGAAAAUGAGCACUAUGUGCAGUGGUUGAACGUCUGGCCUGGGCCAAGGCAUCCGAGUUUUCAAGAUGCACAGGCACCGACAGCGAGCGGAAGCGCUCCACGGCCAUUGGCCAGGCUUCGUCUUGAAGGGGAGAUGAACUACCUUCAUUGCUUGGAGGUGGGCCCACCAGACAAAGUGGGCCGCCAGCAAAUCUUGGCCAUGACGGGCAGCACUCCUCAUCUCUGCAACGAGAUAGGCUUGAUGGACCUGAGCCGCUUGCAAAGACGAGGUGAAGGAGUUGAAGGUGAAACCAUCCGCGGCCCUGCACCGGAUGGAGAGGCUGGCUCGGCCUUGCCUGCAGUGUACGACGUGGGAGUCAAGGUCUACUCUAUGGGGGAGCGCGUCGUGCUAAGCGCUAAAUGGAACGAAGCCGGCGAUUUCAUUCUCCUGAACACAAGGCCAUAUGCCCACGCUGCAUCUGGAAGCAAUAAGAACGGAGGGCAUGGCGAUGCUUCGCAUACCUCACAGGCCCCACUGCAAGGUUCAGCAACCUUCGAGGAUCUUCUCCUACGGCCAGCUCCAGAUCUGUCCACCAAAAUGGAGCUCUUGCUGCUAGAUGCCAGAACAUUGGACAUCCUGUCCGUGUUCGAUGGUCAUUUCGCGUUCACCACAAAGGAAAGCCCAUUCCUGAUUUUCACAGAAGAGUGGUCGGACUCUGACUUUCUGGCAAGCGGUGGCGAGGAUCAUCGCGUGUAUGUUUGGCACCGUCGUCACGGUCGCUUGAUUCGCCGGCUUUGCGGCCAUGCUGAACCUGUCAAUGCCGUGAGCUGGAAUGGUCAAGGGUUGCUGGCUUCAGCUUCCGAUGACAACAGCAUCAUCAUUUGGGCUGCCGCAGGCGCCAAAGUGCGCCCGCAACGAACAGCUGCCGGUGAUGGCUGGCCUGAGCAACACGAGCAGGAUGCGCAGCUUUAA